AUGGCCUUGUUUGAGCAGCUUCCUGCAGACGUCAAUUUGUACAUAUGCGGCUUCAUGUCAACCUUUGAGCUCGACUUUGAGGAGCUUGAACGGCUGAGGCGCGUUUCCAAAGCUUGGAAAGCAGCCGUGGAGGAAGGUCUUCUAGGGAGUCCAGGGCGCUUUCACAAGGCCGGGUUGACCAGAUUUGCAUGCAGACUGAUCAGUGACCAACAAAAAUCUUACCCUGGCUUGGCGAUUCUUGAUGAGGCCGGAGAAGAGCUUCACCUGCACCCGCUUACGGGGGGUGCCUAUGGGAGCGGGGGCGGUCCGGAAGAUGCGGAGAACUGGAAGGAUAUUCCUGAGAGCAUGGUGGUCGUGAAGGACACGCUCUACGUGCUCAGCGAGUCAAAGUGCGUUACAGACGUGAACUGGUUGACGGUGGCCAAACUACGGUUGCGUGCGUACAACUUGGCAACAGCCGGAGGCUGGCGUGAGCGGAGUGCUCUGCUAUUUGACGAGCAAUCAGAGCCUCUCUCUCCCCACGCAGAGUGCUUCGUUCAAGGGAAGGAGCACACGAAUCAGACGACUCUCACAGUGGUUGCUUCUGAGCGGUACAUCUUCGUAUAUCAUAAGCCCCUCUAUAACUUCUACAACAACGGCUUUGGGACGAAAUCCCCCCAACACGCUGAUGCGCAGGGCAACCUCUACGACACCCAGACCGACACGUGGCGUAAGAUGCGCCUGCCAAAACAUAUUGAGUUUUCAAUGAAGAUCAACGGCUGCUGGUAUGGGAAUACUGUUUGCAUGGCCAUAAGCCACGAGUGCCUUUAUAUCAAGUCCAUAACAAAUCUGCUGGUCUACUCUUUGAAAAGUGACACGACAAAAAAGCAGCGGUGGAAGCAAUUCAGGCUCACGUCUGCAGAUGGGGACACCAAGGCUUUCGGUGUUCAGUUCAGUACCGUAUCGAUGGCUACCGCAGCAGAUAGUGUUAACGAGGUGAGCAUUCUUGGGUGGAGACCUGAGCAUGACGACAGGUAUGUCGCUAUAAUCGUCGGUAUUCCGGGUGGUGGAAAGAGCCCGGAACAGGACUCUUGGAAGGGCGAGGGCUUCCAGUACGACAGCGCGCGGGGAACAGACGCAAGUUCUCAACUUCAGGCGGGUGGAGUGGGCGAAGGGGGUUUGGGGCUCAGUGGGUUUGGGGUGGGUUUGAGGAUACCCGCACCACAUUUGGGUAUCAUGUCCUUGUUUGAGCGGCUUCCCCCAGACGUCAACCUGUACAUAUGCGGCUUCAUCUCAGCCUUUGAGCUGGACUUUGAGGAGCUUGGACGGCUGAGGCGCGUUUCUAAGGCUUGGAAGGAGGCGGUAGAGGAAGGGCUCUUAGGGAACCCGGGACGCUUUCACAAAGCGGGUUUGACCAAGUUUGCUUGCAGGUUAAUCAGUAACGAAGAAAAGGCAUACCCUGGCUUGGCAAUCCUUGAUGACACUGGAGGAGAGCUUCACCUGCACCCGCUUAUGGCGGGUGCUUAUGGAAGCGGGGGCGGUCUGGAAGAUGCGGAGGACUGGAAGGAAAUUCCGGAGAGCUUGGUGGUCGUGAAGAAUACGCCAUACGUCCUGAGCGAGCCAAAGUGCCCUGAAGGCUGGAAAGACGUAACCAAAAUGCGACUACGUUCAUUCAAUCUGGCACGGCGGAGGGCUGGCGCGAGCGGCGCGCAGGGCAACCUCUAUGACACCCUGACGGACACGUGGCGAAAGCUCCGCGUGCCGAAACGCAUUUCCGCUUCAGCGACAAUGGACCGCGACGGUAACAGGUUUUGCACGGCCAUAAGCGACGAGUGCCUAUACAUCUGGGUCCGACCACAUCUGGCGAUACGCUCUCUCAAAACGGAGGAGCAGCGGUGGAGGUAUUUCACACCUGUGUCUUCAAACGGGGCCCCCACGCCUCUCGUUCGUUCUCAUGCGGGUUCGAUGGCUAUAGUAACAGGCAGUGUCAACCACGUGAGCCUUCUGGGGUGGAGACCUGGGUUUGACACCAAGGGUCGCCCCCGAAAGGGCGCCGGAGAAGUGGUCACCAUCAGCACGUUCAGGCUGGCACCAUGCCUGGAAGACGUCGCCCCUUCGACAAACCAAGGGGUCCGCCUGGUUGGGCAAUCGGUCCCUGAUCUCAAGCUGCAAGCGGACGAGAUCCCUGCAAUAAUCCGGUCUCUGGAAGACUGA